GGUUUCAGGGAUGAUUUAGGGGUUCAGGGGGUGAUUUUGGGGUCCCGGGGGGGUCUCACUCUGUCCCCCCCCCCAGGUUUCUGCCACUUCUACCUGCCUGAGGAGCAGUACCCCAAGGGCUUCGCCUUCGACUGCGACGACGUGAACUUCGCCACCGACAACCUUUGCUUUGUGGGGCUCAUGUCCAUGAUCGACCCCCCCAGAGCCGCCGUCCCCGACGCCGUCGGCAAGUGCCGAAGCGCCGGCAUCAAGGUGAUCAUGGUGACCGGGGACCACCCGAUCACGGCCAAGGCCAUCGCCAAGGGCGUCGGGAUCAUCUCCGAGGGCAACGAGACCGUCGAGGACAUCGCGGCCAGACUCAACAUCCCCGUCAGCCAGGUCAACCCCAGGGACGCCAAGGCCUGUGUGAUCCACGGCACCGACCUGAAGGACAUGAGCUCGGAGCAGAUCGACGAGAUCCUGCAGAACCACACCGAGAUCGUCUUCGCCCGCACGUCCCCCCAGCAGAAGCUCAUCAUCGUCGAGGGCUGCCAGAGACAGGGCGCCAUCGUGGCGGUGACGGGGGACGGUGUGAACGACUCCCCGGCGCUGAAGAAGGCCGACAUCGGGGUGGCCAUGGGCAUCGCCGGCUCCGACGUGUCCAAGCAGGCGGCCGACAUGAUCCUGCUCGACGACAACUUCGCCUCCAUCGUCACCGGCGUCGAGGAAGGGCGGCUGAUCUUCGACAACCUGAAGAAAUCCAUCGCCUACACCCUGACCAGCAACAUCCCCGAGAUCACCCCCUUCCUGCUCUUCAUCAUGGCCAACAUCCCGCUGCCCCUGGGCACCAUCACCAUCCUCUGCAUCGACCUGGGCACCGACAUGGUCCCCGCCAUCUCCUUGGCCUACGAGGCGGCCGAGAGCGACAUCAUGAAGCGGCAGCCGCGGAACCCGCGCUCCGACAAGUUGGUCAACGAGCGGCUCAUCAGCAUGGCCUACGGACAGAUCGGGAUGAUCCAGGCCCUGGGCGGGUUCUUCGCCUACUUCGUGAUCCUGGCGGAGAACGGUUUCCUCCCGUCCUGCCUCGUCGGGAUCCGCCUGCGCUGGGACGACCGCACCAUCAACGACCUGGAGGACUCCUACGGGCAGCAGUGGACGUACGAGCAGCGGAAGGUGGUGGAGUUCACGUGCCACACGGCCUUCUUCGUCAGCAUCGUGGUGGUGCAGUGGGCCGACCUCAUCAUCUGCAAGACCCGACGCAACUCCGUCUUCCAGCAGGGCAUGAAGAAUAAGAUCCUGAUUUUCGGGCUUUUCGAGGAGACGGCCUUGGCCGCCUUCCUGUCCUACUGCCCCGGGAUGGACGUGGCCCUGCGCAUGUACCCCCUCAAGUGAGCUCGG